AUGACCAGCGUACAAGUCACCUCCACACCAUCCUCGGAUGAGUUUCCAGUGGCCCCGGAAAAGCUCAUUGCCAUUACGGAAACGAGUCUAAAGGAUACUAGCAACGACCCGGAAGCAGGCACAGCGUCGAUCUUGGCUGAACUCGGCAAGGCUUCCUCGGUUCACAAGUUUGUUGUGUCGGUCACGAGAGUGGAUGCCUCGAGAGGCUCGGAUUUCGAUCUCGACAUUGACUCGCACGUUGGUGGCUCCUGGAACAAGGCCAAAGAUGGCAUGUUUUCGCACAGCAUCGAGUCGUCAGCGGGGGUGCAUUACUUGGUUACUGUCGUGUGGAUAUCCAUAUAA